AUGCAGCAUCAUAAUGAAGCGUCAAAUGAUUCAGACCUUGUAAAAAUGGAUGAUCAUUAUUCAGAUGAAUUUUUUGAUUUUGAUGAUGAAUCGGAAUGUGACUACAUAAUCACUCUUCCAGAAGAUCAAACUGCGGAAUGUACAUUGCUAAAAACUGUUGGUGCUGACUGGCUUAAAUCUGACAAGCGUGAAGAUCAUCUAGCUAUUUGCCUUGGGAACAUUGUUCACAAAUAUGCAGCUGAUGGUAGCCCAGAAUUCUUCAUUGUUAUUAACUUUCAGAUCGAUAAUCAUGGGGGGUUGGUUAGGGAGCACAUACCUGGUAGAUACGCAGAGCUGGAUCAGUAUUGCUGGGCUGAUGAAUUUUCCCAACAACAUGGUAGGGACCCGAAUGCUUGGGCUUUAUUCUUUGAGCGACAAAAUGGUACUGUGGGUUGGGCUUUUAAAUUCCAGCAUGAGCAAAUGCAGAUGAUGUCUGUGGACCAAAUGGCAGGUGCAAACAUUCCAUCUUUGGCUGCUAUGGAGCAGACCUGUAUGCUAGCACACACUUUAGCUCAGAACACCAAUCCAAAGUUUCAGAACUGCAAGUUCCUUCAGUUUGUUUCAAAGAUGAGUCAUGGGGAAUUGACUAUUGAGGAUAACCAGGUCAGGCCUGCAGGUGGGGACUGGGCAAAUGAAUAUCAACAACAAUAUAAUGCAGGCCCUUCCUCUACCUCUUGGGCAGAUCAGUAUGCACGUGAAGAGGCAAGUAAAACUUUUAUCCUCUUAAUCUUAUCAACAGGUAUCCAAUGA